UCUCUCCCCAUUCCCUCGCGUGCUUGUACAAUCCAAAAUGUCGGCUCUCGGAGCUCUCGCACCUCGGCUUCUAGGAAACACAACUAAACGAUACUUACCUCCUUGUUUGACGCGAUUUUUCCAGACUUUGGUAGAUGAAAAUCCCAGCGAGCCUAUACCAGCAUCAAAUCCCGUUCGCGGAGAAUUUGCGCCCAAGGCAUUUAUUAUUCUUCCAGAACACCAAUCCAGAGAUCUUGAACAAAAUUUGUGGCUCACAAAAACAGCCAUCCAACAAUCUCUACCUUUACGCCUGGGGAACGCACAAUUGGAGAUUCCGGAAACGGCUUUAAGGGACUUUUCUCACUCAUUUUUAGAUUCUCUUAGACAGAAGUUUGGGUUUCAAAGAGAGGAGUUUCGAAGAAGAUCGUUGAUAGAAGAGGAACUGAAUUUAGGAGUCUUGCUAGAAGUUCUGCGAAGUUGUAUGAGUUAUAUGUCUUGUGCAGGGUCUAGAUACUCACAUUUGAGAGAAAGCUUUUUAGAUAGAAAUCCUCAAAUAAUUACUCACUGGAGUAGAGGUGGAAGUUGUUUCCAGGUCAAAACUAAGCCAAGUUAUGUUUUGUGGACAAGAUACCCUGUGGAGUUGUUCAGCUAUGAGCUUGACACGACCUUGGAUACAGCUAUACCUGGUCCAUACAAACCUAAUGCUUUGGAUGUAUACGCACAUAAAUAUGUCCCUCUGAAAAACGUCCCUGGCUGCGUAAACAGACAACAAAGCCUUUAUCCAUACUGUCAUACAAUGCUGUUGACAUGUGUCAAUCAAUCAGCUACACAGAUGCAGUCAAAUGGUAUCCUGAAUAUGUUUAGUUUGUUGUUAUCUCAUGCACUUGAUGAUGGACGUGUAUUUGGCUCAGAGCUAUCAUCACCAAUAGCAACAAAGUGUAUUGUCACUGAUGGUACAAAGUACAUAUUCAUGUGCUACCAGCUCAACACCCUAAACUUCGGAAAAAAGAAAAAGGACAAUAGUAUCAAGAACAUGGUAUGGAUGACUGAUGCCAUUCAAUUGUUCAAAAAGAAAUCACACACCAAUCACAGGAAGAAAACACUCAUAUUGGAGAGUGUUGCCCCUUCACAUAAGUUACCAGGGUUUAAUGAGGGAAUGCUUAGAACACUGAUAUCUUUUCUAUGUGAUAGUAAUGCUAACCAAUAAUCUACAGAGUUCUUGGAGUUACUGUUACAGAAUGAUCAUAAGUUGUUAUCUUGAGUUUGUGUUCUGUUGCAGUCCUUCUUAUUGGAGUCCUAAUAACCACUUGUUUGCUUUAUUAGUUUCCCAUUAACACUUCACAUAAGUUACCAGGGUUUAAUGAGGGAAUGCUUAGAACACUGAUAUCUUUUCUAUGUGAUAGUAAUGCUAACCAAUAAUCUACAGAGUUCUUGGAGUUACUGUUACAGAAUGAUCAUAAGUGGUUAUCUUGAGUUUGUGUUCUGUUGCAGUCCUUCUUAUUGGAGUCCUAAUAACCACUUGUUUGCUUUAUUAGUUUCCCAUUAACACUUCACAUAAGUUACCAGGGUUUAAUGAGGGAAUGCUUAGAACACUGAUAUUUUUUCUAUGUGAUAGUAAUGCUAACCAAUAAUCUACAGAGUUCUUGGAGUUACUGUUACAGAAUGAUCAUAAGUUGUUAUCUUGAGUUUGUGUUCUGUUGCAGUCCUUCUUAUUGGAGUCCUAAUAACCACUUGUUUGCUUUAUUAGUUUCCCAUUAGCACUUUCUCUUCUACAAAGCUCUUGUGUUUACUGUUACAAAAUUAUCAUAAAUUGUUUGCUUGAGUCUGUGUUCUGUUGUACUCCUUGUUAUCGGAGUCCUAAUAACCACUGGCUUGCUUUAUUAGUUUACCAUUUCCUAUCACCCAUUUUCCAUCCCCUAACAACCUCAAAUGGACAUCAUGGUACUCAUCUAGUGUUUCUCUAUGUGCAAUACUGAUCAUUGUGAUACCUUUAUCAACACACAUUCCGUACAGAGUUUUCUCAGUGGCAAUAUCAAGCGCACUUGUAGCCUCGUCCAUCAUUGCUAGGUCUGGCUCAUGGUAGAACAAUCUGGCAAAUGCCAAGCGCUGCAUUUCACCCGGUGAUAGCAUAUCCUCCCAGCUGCCUUCAACAAGGCCAUUAAUUCCUCCAACCCGUCUGCAAACUGAAGCUAGUCCAACUUCACUCAGUAAAUCCACUAUUCUUGAAUCACAAAGAUAGCCUUCUGAGCUUGAUUCUUCAAAUUUAUUGAGAUCAAUUGGGUAAAUAACUUGCUCUUUCAGGGUUCCAUUUGUUAAAAUGGGAUGUUGAGGGAGAAACAAUACUUUAUGAGGCUCAAAGUCUAUAUUUCUGACAACGUAUCCAGAUGAUGGCUUCCAUAGACCUCUUAUUAUCCUCAGCAAGGAGCUCUUCCCAGUGCCUGUCUUGCCAGUUAUGAUAAUGCUCUUUCCUUUGGUUAUUACCAGGUUUAGGUCAGUCACUAAUGCUUCGUCUGUUCCUGGAAUCGAGUAGGUGACAUUAAUCAACUUGAAAAAUGUGUCAAAGUCCAUCAUUUUCCGUAGUUCAUCAUCCCUUAUCAAUUCAGCAUGACAAUUUUUCUUUUUAUCCUUCUGACUGUGCUCAAGAUUUUCCACCAGUUCUCCAAUUCGAUGUGUGUAUCCAGCCAUUUCAGCCAAAGUAUCAGACAAAUCAAUCAAAUUUGUGAAGCAUUUCAUUAAAUAUGUUAACACAAAUGCUAUUUGACUAAUCUCUGAACCUAGCUCAGUGGGUGAAAGAUCAUCAUACUUUCCUUUGAAGACAGUAAUGCCAAUGAAGAUAUAACAUACAAUAGUAGAGAUGUUAUUAAAAGAGUUGACCGAGAGGUCUAUAAAUACACUCAGGUUAGCUACACGCUGAGACUGAUCAACCACUGCUUUAAGUUUCUCAUUGGUUUUCCUCUCUUCCACUUCGUCUGAUCCAUAAAAUGCCAAAGCUUCAGAAUUCAUUCUCACCUGAAAUAAGAAACAGAACACUUCUGAUAAAACAUAAUAUAUUGUCUGUCUAUCUGCUUAUUAGCAGAUAUGAAAAAUUAUCUUGGUAACGACUGAACGGUUAGAUAGGUGAUCGAUUCAUUAUAAUUCUGUAUAUUUGGAUAGAAAAGAUUUAAAACUAGUCCUAAACUA